UGGAGCUGCUAGAGCUGGAAAUCUUACUUUCAUGGUUGGUGGAGUGGAACAAGAAUUUGAUGCUGCCAAAGAGUUGCUGACAUGCAUGGGUUCUAAUGUGGUCUACUGUGGAGAGGUUGGAACUGGACAGGCUGCAAAGAUCUGCAACAACAUGCUCCUGGCCAUCAGUAUGAUUGGAACUGCUGAGGUUAUGAAUCUUGGAAUCAGAUUAGGCCUUGACCCAAAGCUGCUGACCAAAAUCCUAAAUAUGAGCUCAGGUCGCUGUUGGUCAAGUGACACGUACAACCCUGUUCCUGGAGUGAUGGAAGGAGUACCGUCUGCUAAUAAUUAUCAAGGUGGCUUUGGAACGACACUCAUGGCUAAGGAUCUUGGCUUGGCCCAGAUUUCUGCCACAAACACAAAGACACCAGUUCCUUUGGGAUCCCAAGCACAUCAGAUCUACAGGAUGAUGUGUGCAAAAGGCUAUGCCCUGAAAGACUUCUCAGCUGUGUUCCAGUUUUUGCGUGAGGAGGAAACCUUGUGAGCUGUCCUUUGGAAAUGGACAAACCACAUUUUUUUACCCUUACAGCUCAUUUGAAAAGUAUGUGGGUUUAAUCAAAUACUGUGCAUCCUGAUCCCAUACAGACUAACCAUCUUUUGUUGUCUAGAUCACAAUGAACUCCAGGGUUUUUUCAUAGCUCUUGAAAAAGCAAGCCAGAGGAAGGGAUUGUUUGGCAAUUAGCCAGAUGGUGAUUUAUUUUUUUUAAGAACCAUCAAAGUUUUUUGGCUUUUUUCACUAGAUGCAAUAAAUAAAUAAUUUUUUUUUAUGGAACACUUAACUGUUUGCAUAUAAAAUAACUUACAUUAUGGCUACAAACUUAGGUGACCUGAAUAACAAGAGAAUGUUAUAUAGUGAUUUUACGAUAUAUAUAGUGAUCUAUUAAAAUUAAAAAUGAAUACUUUAUGGAAAAAGGGAAGAUUUAUUCAAUGAAAAAGCACAGCUUGAGAUGGAUUUUUUUUUUAUUGGACUUACUAGCCUUCGGUUGAUCAGCAGUGAAUUUUUCUUGGCUUUCAGGUUGUAGAUUAAGUUUAUAGGCAUUGCAUUUCUAAGUGGAGAGCUGUUACAGCAUGUUUACCUGAUAGACUUAGUUAAAAUAACAUAGAAUGUGUAUCCCUCUUGUAAAGCUCCAUUAUUGUAUUUUGCUAACCCAAUUUUAUAUUUUCUUGUAUUCUGUCACACACUCAGAACUCAAGAACAACACUUAAUAGAAGUCCUAACAAAGUGUACAUUUGUUUUAGGUAAUUACUGAAAUAUUUUAAAUAUAAACAAACCCCAUUAUUUUGAAAAGAAAUAAAAAUAUAUACUGGUAAAU